CAAAGACAAAACUGGUGUGUCAAAUGAAUAUUUAGUAAAACUACUAGUUUUGGUCUUGUUGAAUAAUUAGUUAGUUGAACGAUUUAAUGUGAAGUAUUAGCAAAACGUUAAGAGUUAUAGAGAAAACAUACGCAACGAAAUUGCACGUUGAAAUAAAGUAUGCGCAUCAAGAAAGUUUCUAUUAGUUAAUACAAAAUUUCUGUGGGUAAUACAGCAAUUGGAAAAGGAAGUUAACGAAAUAUUAAUCUGCGAAGUGUACGACAAAAAACCUUGCACGAAAUUUAGCAAUUGAAUCUCGUGGGAAGAGCUGAAGAAGUAUUCGAAAGGUACACAGCCUAGGAGUCCAGCAAAGGUGAAACGCGUUAAAUAUCUCAACGCUAACGUAAUACGCCUUAAAACAUAACUACUAUAUAACUACUGCCAAAAUAAUGGCUGCGAUUGAGGAGCGUUUUCAAGCCGCCGUCAAUGUGAUCAAAGGGCUACCUAAAAAUGGCCCAUAUCAGCCUAGCACCGCCAUGAUGCUCAAAUUUUACGGUUACUUUAAGCAAGCGACAGAAGGCCCCUGCCACCACAAGAGGCCAGGAUUCUGGGAUGUUGUUGGCAAAGCGAAAUGGGACGCUUGGAAUGAUAAUCGCCACUUAACGAAACAACAAGCAAUGGAACGUUACGUAGAUAGUUUGCGUGAAAUCAUCGAAACGAUGUCGUUUACCGAGAACGUGCAAAAUUUUGUAGGUAGCAUCAGUGGUUUGGACAAUAUAAAUUUGGAUGAAUUGGACAUGGUCGUACCGGGUAUGCGCGAGCUGGCAAAAUCGCAUCCAAAUUCCCCAUUCAACUCGCGCACAAACAGUCCACAACAUGGAGCGAGCGUGAAUAAUAGCAGUGGAGAGGAGGAUGAUUUGCACUCUAACGUCCGCAUAAAUGGCCAUGCUAGAAAACCGAAUCACCUUGAACACAACAGCGGUUUGAUGAAUGGCACAAACGAGCAGGAAGAAGUGCUCGCUACACAAACAAAGCCAACAGUUUCUAUGAUGCCUGAAACGUCAAUCACCCAGUCGUCGUAUGCUAUGUCCAAUGGCACAGUGGACCAAUCUGAUGAUGAAUAUGGCGAUCCAGUAGACAUGAAUAGUGAUCUGACUGAAGCAAUGGUGCGCAAUUCUGAAUUGCUUAAACAAAUACAAGCAACUGUAUUGCGUAUGAAUGCCGAUUUGGUGGCAGUAAAUCAACGCAUGAAUAGCCUAGAGAAAGUUGUAAACGAAGUGCAUUCUACUGUUGUACAGAGAGGUAAAACUUCGCCGAGUGGGCGUAAAGGGCGAGCAUUCCCCAAAUGGUGGCCAUUUGAAGAUAUUUCGCCUGUUUGGUUUACACUACUCGUGCUAUGGCCUUUCAUAGUUGGACGAUUGUCGCGUGCCGUGGCAGCACCAAGCCGGAAGUGAGGCCACGUGAAACGCCGGUUUAUGGGGGGACGCAAUACAUAGAAUUUAAGUGGGUAUGCGAAAGUGGAAACAUAUCUGGUUUGGAAUCCGCUUUCCACUCCUUAAAUACACAAAUAUACUAAGUUGGCAAUACUGGGUAUGGAUCAACGCUGCUGGACUACAACAGUGAACAAUAGUGCCGAUCGCUACAGCUUUACUUUAUAUUUUGCGCAAAAUAAUCUAAAAAACAAAAUAUUUUUUUAUUCGAAUUUAAGUAAAAAAAAAAAAACAAAAAAAAACCAACUAUAUUCGUACACUUGGGUUCGGUAAUGUGAAACAUCUUAGUUCAAGUUAUUUAUUUACAUUUUUUCUACCUAUAGCUUAUUUUUUAUGUAAAAAUGUACCUUUAUUAUACAUUCCUCUAGCGCAAUAGAUAAUGCAAUUGUUUGAAAUUAUAGAUGGAAUGGCGAUUAAUUGUGAGCUUAUAAAUGUUACGUGUUUUUCAUUUGUUAAGCACUAUAAAAUAUACAUAAAUAUAUUAUUUUUGGUAAAAGUUUUCGUUCAGCCGCACGCUGAGGAAUCAUCAAAUGAUUUUUUGUACCUAUAAAUAUGUUUGUAUUCUUCGUGGUAGUUUUCUUUAUAUUAGUGAUAUGUUAUCAGUUCGAUUUACAGCUCAGCAAAAAAUAAAUAAAUAUGAAAAUUACAACUUUA